AUGGCUUCCAGCGGCGCCUUCAUCCCGCCUAACCAGCAAAAGAACAUGCGCGCCUGCAUGGUCUGCGCCAUCGUGCGCACCUUCCACCAGUUCAGCACACAAGGCUGCCCCAACUGCGAGGACGUCCUAGAACUUGCCGGUAACACCGAGCAAAUCAACGACUGCACCUCCCAGGUCUUCGACGGCCUCAUCAGCGUCGCAGACACAACACGGAGCUGGGUCGCCAGGUUCCAACGCCUCGAGGGCUAUGUACCGGGUGUGUACGCAUGCCAGGUCGAGGGCAUCCUGCCGGAGGAGGUCAUUGGCGCUGUGGAGAGCGCAGGCAUCAACUACGUACCGCGUGACGGAAGUGAGGCUGAGAUGCUACCCAAGGAUUAG